AUGAGAAACUAUACUAUUUCUAUUGAAGAAGCGCCGAGAGAAAAUGAACUAACUAGCUAUCAAGGGAAUCCUGAAAAUACGCAACAACAAGCGCCGCCACCUCAAGGUGGAGCCAGUUUCCCUCCUUCCUCCGAAUUAUUGAGUAGUUCAGUUCAAGACACAUCACUUCAAGACACAUCACUUGAUGAUACUGGGCACGAUUGGUCAAAAUCAUUUUAUGGAUUAUCCAUGCAGCCUUUUCCAAAAGAAGCUAUCGAGAUUCUAUUAAAACCUAUUGACCCGGAUGAUGUGGAAUGCAAGCCUGAUGGAAUGAUUUAUCUUCCUGAAAUAAAAUAUCGUCGUGUCUUGAAUCAGGCUUUUGGUCCAGGAGGAUGGGGACUUGCACCACGUGGGGAAAAUUCAGUGAGUCCAAGGAAUAUUUCAAGGGAAUAUGCACUCGUGUGUCUAGGAAGAUUGGUUUCUGUUGCACGUGGUGAACAAGAAUAUUUUGAUCCAUCUGGUCUUGCUACGGCUGCGGAAGGUGCUAAAAGUAAUGCAUUAAUGCGCUGCUGUAAAGAUUUAGGAAUUGCAUCUGAAUUAUGGGAUCCCCGCUAUGUACGUGAGUUCAAAAGUCGUUACUGUGAAGAGGUAAUGGUCGAACAUGUGAUUAAAAAGAUGCGGAAAAAGGUUUGGAAGCGAAAAGAUACUCCGAUUGACUAUCCAUUUAAGAUGGCAUCACCUUACGGUGCUUAUGGCGGUGGUGGCGUUGGAAGUGGUGUAAACUGA